AGGGGCGGGCUCGGCGGGGGCGGUAGUAGCCUCCCGCCUUUCGGAGAAUCCGCACUGGAAAAUUCUCUUAUUAGAGGCGGGAGGCGACGAAACGGAGAUAUCGGAUGUCCCUGCCCUAGCCGGCUAUUUACAACUAGGCCGGUUAGAUUGGCAGUACAAAUCGGAACCUCAACCUACUGCGUGCAGGGCGAUGAAACAUUGGAUGCAUCGAGUUCUACUCUUCCGAGACGAAAUUCUGAAACGAUUGAGAGUAACACCGAGAGUAACAUCGUCGGA